UAGUUGCUUGCUCCUCACUUUCACUGCCGACCGAAAAUCAAGCGCAGCCUCACUUAGAACAUGUUGAUGCUCUGAAGCUCUCGAUGGGUGCGCCUUCUCUCCGGCCAUGUUCUCCGCCCUCGCUACCUGCCGUUGUCUCACACCUUCCACAGGGUUAUGCGACCCUCAUGGUCUUGUCGGGUGUAAGUCGCGUUGCGGAGCGAAUACAGCGGGAAAAGGCAGCGAAAAGAUGAUAGGACAGGUCCCGUGUUCAGCGUCCGUUGGAGCUCUUGUGGAUCUUCGGGGGCCGCAGCCAGCCGUUGUGGCAGUUGAUUUCGUCGAGAUAAAAGGCACCUCCAGCGCGUGGCGAAGAACAGCAAACGUUUGA